GCUGCGUCCCCACUAUGGCGGCGCCCAUGCCGCCCACCGUGUCCCGGGCGCCCUCCGGGGUCCCCCGCGGCUGCCGCCGCCGUCGCCUCCGCCGUCGCCUCCGCCUUCCCGCCCGCGACGGGCCGGGCGCCGCCUCCCCGCUGCCGUCCUCUCCGCUGCGGUCAUGUAGGAAAUUGUAAAUCAUGUGAAGAUGGGACUCUUGGUGUUUGUGCGCAAUCUGCUGCUAGCCCUCUGCCUUUUUCUGGUCCUGGGAUUUUUGUAUUAUUCUGCAUGGAAGCUACAUUUUCUCCAGUGGGAGGACUCCAAUUCAGUGGUUCUAUCCUUUGACUCCGCUGGACAAACUCUAGGCUCAGAGUAUGAUCGGUUGGGCUUCCUCCUGAAGCUGGACUCUAAACUGCCUGCGGAGUUAGCCACCAAGUACGCAAACUUCUCAGAGGGAGCUUGCAAGCCUGGCUAUGCUUCAGCCUUGAUGACUGCCAUCUUCCCCCGGUUCUCCAAGCCAGCACCCAUGUUCCUGGAUGACUCUUUCCGCAAGUGGGCAAGGAUCCGAGAAUUUGUGCCGCCUUUUGGGAUCAAAGGCCAAGAUAAUCUAAUCAAAGCCAUCUUGUCAGUCACCAAAGAGUACCGCCUGACCCCUGCCUUGGACAGCCUCAGCUGUCGCCGCUGCAUCAUCGUAGGCAACGGAGGUGUCCUUGCCAACAAGUCUCUGGGGUCACGAAUUGAUGACUAUGACAUUGUGGUCAGACUGAACUCAGCACCAGUGAAAGGCUUUGAGAAGGACGUGGGCAGCAAGACUACACUGCGCAUCACCUACCCCGAGGGCGCCAUGCAGCGACCUGAGCAAUAUGAACGUGAUUCUCUCUUCGUCCUCGCUGGCUUCAAGUGGCAGGACUUCAAGUGGUUGAAGUACAUCGUCUACAAAGAGAGAGUGAGUGCAUCGGACGGCUUCUGGAAAUCUGUGGCCACCCGAGUGCCCAAGGAGCCCCCUGAGAUUCGUAUCCUCAACCCGUAUUUCAUCCAGGAAGCUGCCUUCACCCUCAUCGGACUGCCCUUCAACAAUGGCCUCAUGGGCCGCGGGAACAUCCCGACCCUGGGCAGUGUGGCCGUGACCAUGGCGCUGCAUGGCUGUGAUGAAGUGGCAGUCGCAGGCUUUGGCUACGACAUGAGCACACCCAACGCACCCCUGCACUACUAUGAGACCGUGCGCAUGUCAGCCAUCAAAGAGGUGAUCAUGUGCUCAGGCUCCUUAAAGUGGAAGAAGCCUUACAGGUCUCCCAGCCUGUUGCCACCUCCCGCAUCUCUCCCUCAUGGCAAGAGCUCACGAGGAAAUCGGUCCCUCUUCCACCUUCACUUCUACCGCUAG